AUGGCGCCCGAACAACGCCUCCGCGUGAUCGCCCUGGUCUCGGGCGGCAAGGACAGCUUCUACAGCCUGCUGCACUGCAUGCGCCUCGGGCACGGCGUCGUCGCCCUGGCCAACCUCUACCCGACGACAGGCGACGAGGACCUGAAUAGCUUCAUGUACCAGACCGUCGGCCACGAGGUGGUGCCCCUGUACGCCACCGCCACGGGCAUCCCGCUGUAUCGCCAGCCCAUCCUGGGCCGUGCCGCGUGCCACGCGCGCGACUACCAGCACCCUGGCCGGCAGCACGAGGCCGACGACGAUGAGACAGAGUCCAUGGUGCCCCUGCUCCGCGCCGUCAUGGCUCGCCACCCAGAGGCCAACGCCCUGUGCUCGGGCGCCAUCCUCUCCACCUACCAGCGCACCCGCGUCGAGUCCGUCGCCCUGCGCCUCGGCCUCGUCCCGCUGGCCUACCUGUGGAAGUACCCCGUGCUGCCGCCGCCCGCCGACGACGUCCAGCUGCUACGUGACAUGGCCGCCGCCGGGCUCGAGGCCCGCAUCGUCAAGGUGGCCAGCGCCGGGCUUGACGAGUCGCGCCUGUGGGAGCCGGUCACGACUCCCGCCGGCGCCCUUGCCGUCCAGCGCGCUGUGCAGAGGUUUGGCGGUGCCGCACAAGGCGCCGCUCUGGGCGAGGGGGGCGAGUUUGAGACCAUUGUUCUCGACGGCCCGCCCGAGCUGUUCAAGAUGCGCAUUGCCGUGCCCGACGACGGCAGGACCAUCGUGGCGGAGGGAGGCGGCGCUUCGUGGAUGAUGCUGCGCGGUGCGUACCUUGAGGAGAAGCUUGUCCAGCCGCCGCAUCGAGAGUUGCCCGUCCGGACGCCGGCUCUGCUCGACGCCGGCUUCGAAGUCGUUCUGCGGGCGAUUCCAUGUGACCGUCGCGUGGUUCCGGAGCCGAGCGGCGCAGCCAAGUCUUUCCUCCUCGGCAGCUCUGUUCCCCCGCUCCAAGGGGGCCGCGGGUUUCUGCAGUGGUCCAUCAUGGCCGAUGCAAGCUUCGCCGGGGGCUCCAUCGAGGAGGAGACGAUCCACGUCGUCGACAAGAUCAGAAGUGCACUCUCCUCCGUGGCUCGGAACCCUGCCCAAAUCACGAGCACCAUCAUCGUACUGGCGGACAUGUCCGACUUCUCCAAGGUCAACGACGAAUACAAGAAACUCUUCACCGAGCCAAACCCGCCGUCGCGAGUCACCAUCUCCUGCGGCCGUCUCUUGCCGGCCGGGCGCAGGAUCGUGAUACACGUCGCGAUGCCGGACGCGGUGCUGGGGCGAGGCGAGAGAAACGGGCUUCACGUCCAGGCACGCUCCUUCUGGGCCCCUGCCAACAUCGGCCCCUACAGCCAGGCCAUCGACGUGCCGGCAGCGACGGGGCUCAGGGCCGUCUACGUGGCCGGGCAGAUCCCCCUCGUGCCUGCGUCCAUGCGCUUGCCGCCUGCGGGGGAGAGGGCCUUGCACGAGCAGCUUGUGCUCUCGCUGCAGCACCUGUGGAGGAUCGGCGUCGAGAUGAAGGUCCAGUGCUGGACCAGCGCCGUCGCCUACUUUGCCAAGUCGUCUUCAGCCGACGCCAUGGUGCAUCAGGUCAAGCUCGCCUCUGAAGCCUGGAGCCUGCUCCACGUGCCCCCAGAGGACGACGACGACGACGACGACGACGACAGUGGCCCUGAUCUGUGGGAUCUCAAGUACAACCAUGCAUACAAGUCACGGGGAUACGGUGACACGCAGAGCGCCAACACGGCCCUGCCCGACUGCACCAUCUUUACGCUCCGGCAGCAAAAGGAACCCGAGACUUGCGUCCCGCCCAUGUUUGCGGUCGAGGUUGAGAGCCUGCCGCGGGAGUCGGACGUCGAGUGGCACGCCCACAUGGGGCUUGGACACAUCGACACGGCUUGUGCAGAGAUGAUGUGUCUGCCUGGAGACGGGGACAGCAGAGGCUGGGGCAGCUGGCACACGAUUGUCCGCAGUGGCGAUGCCAUCCUCGUGCACACCGUCGUGGCCUGCGGACUCGCCGAGAGCGACCCCCGGAACCUCGAGGAGCAAACGCUGGCCAGCGUUUACAGAGCAUCGCUCCGGGGCGUCGGACUCGAUGCAAAGCUGUCGUGCCCCGACGACGCCCCGUACCUCGCCUACGUGGACGCGGCUUGCCUCCCGGGGGGCUUGUGGCAGGACACAGGCACACGGAAGGGCAAUGAGCUGACGUUUGAACCGAUCCCGUGCCACUCUAUUUGGUCGCCGCAGGCCGAGAGGCUCGGGUGCGUAGCCUUGUAUCGGGCGACGAUGGUUGCCUCGCCGUAG